AUGUCUCGACCGGAGGAAGGAACGCCGGCAUCACAAGAUGGGCGAGAUGGGUCGUCGUUAGGUCUUCCGUCGAGUAGUCCAGGCCGUCUAAGCUCACAUGGAAGAAGGUUUGCAUCGAGAUCGCCAUCUGUGGUGUGGGAUGAUGCAUCGCCGCUGCAGUUUCCCACGUCGUCACCGGCGGCGUCGCUGGGAUCGCAACAUACACCAACCCCGCGAAGACCACACGCUUCUUUGUCGUCAUUCAGCGGGUCAGGCGACUAUCGUGAGCCGCUCUUUUUUCCACCAUCCACGAGCUCAACGCCACGACACAGUCGACGUGGCGAUAUUCACUCAUCCUCCCACAGUUUCGUGAGUUCACCAUCCGUGCUGGCACGGAGGAUGCAUUCGCGACCACCUGCAUCCAGCAGUAGUGGGCCAGCGUCGGGGGCAGGCGCAGGGCACUCAUCUGAAGCAGCGAGUGAAGACCUGGUGUUUUCUCACGCGACAUCGGACGACCAGCAUGGGGCAGGCCAUCCGCCGAAUCACAUGCUCAAGGUGAUCUGGGGAACAAGCGUGUCGGUGGGAGAGACCAUGCAGCUUUUUCAGACGUUUCUUCGUGGAUUCCGACUGAAGUAUCGCUGGGCGUAUGCGCGUACGCAUGGCCUGCCGCAUGCGCGACUGCCGAACGCCGACGGGGAGCUGCUGCUAUAUGAAGAUUAUAUGCGGCAGAUGCGGCAGACGCAUCAAACGAAUUUGAACCUGCGUAUCCGUGAUUUGGCGGCGUUUCCACCAUCGAAAAAGCUGGCGCUUCAGCUCGUACGAUACCCGCAGGAGGUCGUGCCGAUCAUGGACACGGUGCUGAAGGACCAAAUGCUGAUUCUGGCGGAAGAGGAUCUGCGGUCCAGCGUUUCGAGCUACGAGGUCGAGAUGCUGCGUGAGCAGAUGGACCUGAUUGAGAGCCUGCUGUACAAGGUCCGGCCGUACGGCGGCACAUCGACGAACAUGCGUGAUCUGAAUCCGUCUGACAUUGACAAGCUUACGACGGUGGAAAUUGACCGUGGGCGCAUCAUGGAACCACAGCGAUGCCCGCGAGACAUGUGCAAUCAGCUGGGCUCACUGUCGCUGAUCCACAACCGCUGUGAGUUUGCUGAUCGCCAGGUUGUUCGACUGCAAGAGACGCCUGACGUCGUGCCGGAUGGGCAAACGCCGCACUCGCUGAGUCUGUGUGUGUACGAUGAGCUGGUCGAUGUGUGCAAGCCGGGUGACCGUGUUGAAGUGACGGGCAUCUUCCGCAGUGUGCCUGUGCGUGUGAGCCCUAGACAGCGGACGCUCAAGAGCCUGUUCAAGACGUAUGUCGACGUUGUGCACGUGCGACUGAACAGCACGCGACGAGUGGAUCUGGAUCUAACGACGCGCGAUGCGAUGCAGGCCCAGUCGAUUGGCAUCGGCGGCGAUGAAGAGGGCGAGCUGUUUGAUGCCCACGGCCUCCGUUCGGGCGAUGCACCGUCGGCGCCGCCGCCAGCGAGCGGGCGUAUGGCGCUCAUGCCGAGUGAGGAGAUGCAGGAUCAGAUCCAGCGCCUUGCAGAGCGGCCUGAUGUGUACGAGAUGCUGGCUCACAGCCUAGCACCUAGUAUCUAUGAGAUGGAAGACAUGAAAAAGGGUGUGCUGCUGCAGCUGUUUGGCGGGACGAACAAGUCUAUCACGACAGGUGGCGGUCUCGGGGGGCCCCGGUACCGAGGCGACAUCAAUGUGCUGAUCGUGGGAGAUCCCGGCACGUCCAAGAGCCAGAUGCUCCAGUACGUGCACAAGAUCGCGCCGCGAGGCAUGUAUGUAUCGGGCAAAGGAUCGUCCGCUGUCGGAUUGACCGCGUAUGUCACGCGGGAUCCCGAGACAAGGCAGCUGGUCCUGGAGAGUGGUGCGCUGGUCCUGUCGGAUGGCGGUGUGUGUUGCAUCGACGAGUUUGACAAGAUGUCCGACGCCACACGGAGUGUGCUGCAUGAGGUCAUGGAGCAGCAGACAGUGUCGGUGGCGAAAGCCGGGAUCAUUACGACACUCAAUGCACGCACUUCGGUACUGGCCGCUGCGAACCCAAUUGGGUCGAAGUACGAUAUCCACAUGCCCAUCACGAAAAACAUCGACUGCGCCGACGCUGCUGAGCCGCUUUGA